AUAAAACAGCCAAAAGAGCCUUGAAGUUCCCCGUCGGCCGAGAAAACCAUGGCUGGCGGAAGGCGGUGAACACUGCGAGACAAAAUGGCUUCCAGUUCCGGUCCUGCUUAACGCAGCCCAGCCGCCAAGCCAGGCCAGCGGGAUGUGCCACUAGGCUGCCAUGGACGGAGCGCCCGGCCCAGGCCUGCAGCUGCAACAGCUGCCCCCCACCAGCAGUGCUGACCCCGUGAGCGAGGGCUCCUUCUCCUAUAAGGAAAACCUGAUCGGUGCCCUCUUGGCGAUUUUCGGGCACCUUGUGGUCAGCAUCGCACUUAACCUCCAGAAGUAUUGCCACAUCCGCCUGGCAGGCUCCAAGGACCCCCGGGCCUAUUUCAAGACCAAGACAUGGUGGCUGGGCCUGUUCCUGAUGCUGCUGGGGGAGCUUGGCGUGUUCGCCUCAUAUGCUUUCGCCCCACUCUCGCUGAUCGUGCCUCUCAGUGCCGUCUCUGUGAUAGCUAGCGCCAUCAUAGGAAUCAUAUUCAUCAAAGAAAAAUGGAAACCUAAAGACUUUCUGAGGCGCUAUGUCUCAUCCUUCCUUGGCUGUGGCUUGGCCGUCGUGGGCACCUACUUGCUGGUGACAUUUGCACCCAACAGUCAUGAGAAGAUGACUGGAGAGAACAUCACCAGGCACCUCGUGAGCUGGCCCUUUCUCUUAUACAUGCUUGUGGAGAUUGUCCUGUUUUGCCUGCUGCUGUACUUCUACAAAGAGAAGAAUGCCAACAACAUCGUCGUGAUUCUUCUCUUGGUGGCGCUGCUGGGCUCCAUGACGGUGGUGACCGUGAAGGCCGUGGCUGGGAUGCUGGUCUUGUCCAUACAGGGGAACCUGCAGCUGGACUACCCCAUCUUCUACGUGAUGCUCGUGUGCAUGGUGGCCACCGCCAUCUAUCAGGCCGCGUUUUUAAGUCAAGCCUCGCAGAUGUACGACUCCUCUCUGAUUGCCAGCGUGGGCUACAUCCUGUCCACAACUGUCGCUAUCACAGCAGGCGCCAUCUUCUACCUGGACUUCAUCGCGGAGGACGCGCUGCACAUCUGCUUGUUCGCGCUGGGGUGCCUCAUCGCGUUCUUGGGCGUCUUCUUAAUCACCCGUAACAGGAAGAAGGCCAUUCCAUUUGAGCCCUAUAUUUCCAUGGAUGCCAUGCCAGGUAUGCAGAACAUGCAUGACAGGGGGAUCACGGUCCAGCCUGACCUCAAAGCUUCUUUUUCCUACGGGGCCCUAGAAAACCACGACAGCGUCUCUGAGAUCUACGCUCCUGCCACACUGCCUGUCAUGCAAGAAGAGCACAGCUCCCGAGGCACCCCCGGGGUUCCCUACCGAGUGCUGGAGCACACCAAGAAGGAGUGAGCCCCCUGACGGAGCCUCUCCUCCCCUCCAUUUCUAACUGCUCAUGCUGUGUGGAGAGUGUUUCAACCUUAACUCUAAAACUUGCCUUUCAAGUCUUAUUUUUUUUAACCGAGAACUCUAGGGACAGAGAUUUGGAAAGCUUUUGUCUCUGGCAAAGGAUGCCUUGUCUUGGUCGUGGAAAUUUCACUGAUGAGGGUGGGGGUGGGGGGGUGAAUGCAGUAUUCCAGGUGAACAAUAGAGAUCUCAGCUGCUGCCUGGCACAGACCAGCCAGGUUUGGAAAGCCUUUAUCAUCCUGGAGGAUGGUGACUGAGCUUCCCGGGUCAGUGGCCAAAGAGUGUCAGCCACACUCUUCAACAUUAAGCCAGGCAGAGAUUCUGCUCUUACUUUGCAAAUCCAGUGAAAGGCUAGAGACCCUGGCUCUAAUCUUCCUCCACCUCCCUGGCUGGCCUGAUCUCUGUCCGUCUCACUCAUGACCUGUAUUUGCAGUAACUUCCAUGUCGUCUUCAUGUGGCAGGGUCGGAGGCCGUGCGGAAUAUUCUGCCUGCAGGAAAGGCCUCCCCACUGUCUGUGCGCUUCCAGUGACAAGUACUCAAUGCCUUUGUAUUGGACAGAUGAAAACUGACGUUUUUGGUUCUGUGAACUAAUUGCUUGCUUCCCCCGGCCUCCCACAAAGGAACACAAAGGGUUAUGAGUUGGAGGGGACAGAAAGGGUAAGGUGGGAUAGGUCAGCAGCAGGGGUGGUGAUGCAUAAGCCCAUUAAGAGGAAAAACCCCUCUCUUCUUAGAAAUGGCAAAAUGUGAUUGCUUUACUUAUAAAAGGAUAAAUAGAAAAGUGGCUGUUAUUUUCCAGCCCACCAGUGCUUCCUGGGAAGAUCGCGGGUGUUCGUCUCUCACCUGUUUCCUUUAUAGAGUCAGACUCAAGAUUGGUCAAUGCCCUCUGGGUCCAGCCACCCUGUCCUCGUGCGCAUGUGCAGGCACGUGCGCAGGCCGGCCUCGGAAGCGGGGCUGCAGCCCGCUCUCUGGCCCUGUGCGCACUUGUCUGCCUUGGUACACACAGGAUACUUUGAGAAUAGCAGAUAAGUCUGCAAACUUGACUGUGAAUAAGGCCGAGGAGAUUGUUAAUAAAUGCAAAGUCCUACACCCCCAACCACAGAUGUGGGGUUGGGGUGGGGCCCCGGAGUCUGCAAGCUUACUGGUGCACAGAUGACUCUGAUCCAGGUGAUGCAGUAAUCACACACCUUGAAUGCCUAAUAAUAAAAAGAGAUGAUCUGUUAAAACCCCCAGGGCCCGACGCAUCACUGCGAGGAAGUUGGAAUUACCUUCCUGUUUCCUCUCUAGGGUUCAUUUGGCAGGUUGAAUAAUCCUCUUAGGAUCUGUGGCAUUUCUCCAUCCUGUGAUUACUACUUAGAACUAUACUUACGGCUUCCCUAGGCAGCUUUUAACUAAUAGGCAAGAUAACAGUGUUAAUAAACCAGUGUUGCUAGAUCAUUAACCUUUACGGAUCGUGCUUAAUAUUGAUCUCGUACCUUGACUUCCAAAACUGACGUCUGUUGCCUGUGAUAACCACUUCUGUGCUGGUCUCACAGGCCCGGGGAGGCAACAGACCAUGACAUUUACCCCUAGAGGGUAGUCAUCGACUCGAUUCAGCAUUGUUGGCAAGGCGGUUACUGUUGGUUAAGCACAUGGCACAGGGUACAGGGAAUAAAACACGGUUCCUGCCCUCCUAUCACAAGGGGAAACAGGAAACUGCAGGGUUGGCCUGAGAAGUGCCACGGGCAGUCACAGACCACAGAGCAGAGCCGCCGUGGAGCCCCGCUGAGGGUUGGGCACAGGGCCUGGAACAGGGUGUUCAGAACUGGACAUGAUUCCGGCCCCUUUCAUUGAUGGGCAGCAAAUCAGCUAAGAGUUGAACAAAGCAUUAGAAGGAGCAGGCGGGGAGAGGGACAGCACAGAGAUGGGGCGGGGGCGGGGAGACGGCAAAGGGCGAGCCAGGGAAGGGGAUGGAGGAAAUGAGCCUGCAAAGACAAGCUGGGUUAAUGGGGCCUAGGAUGCCAGGCCAAGGGGUUUCAGGUGCAUCCUAGAGAGCAUGGGAGCCCUGAUGGUUCACGAGGAAGAGAAUGCAGUCGCCACACUGCUGGAAAGGAGCUCUACAGGAUGGAAGAGGCCUGCAGGGAUGCCCAAGUCACCUUUCCAGGUCAGGUUGCAAGCCUGCAAGGACAGUAACGAAAGGAGCACUAAACGUUGGUUUUGCUGCUAUUCAGAUUUUGCAAGUGAUUUUUCUAAGGUGGGUGGGGAGGGAUGGAGAGUGAGGGCCGAGGGAUAAAGAACCACGAGUGGGGAGGCCAUGAAACUGGGUCAAACCCAGGUGACCGUUGGGCAUUUUGUGCGCUUCUGAUCUUCUCUGCCCCCUUCUUGGUUUUGUUUUGUGACAGAAGUUUAGCAGCAGACUGGUAAAGUGAGAAGGGUUGGGCACAUUGCAAUUUCAGGGCCACUGAAGAUCAGGGAUUCAGUGCCAACCCCAAAGCCACUGCUGAGGCCUGGGCAGCGUCUCCUUAAGGUUUAGGGCAGUGGCAUCCUGCAAAACAUGAGUGCAGGAGGCUGAGCAGAAAGUUGCGUGUGAUCUCGAGUGAGGGCCAGGAGUGAGGCGCCUGCAUCCUUGGGAAGAGCAGCCUUGACCGCCAGAAUUCUGACUGUCUGGGGCUACCUCUCCAGUCUUUGCCCCAAGUGGUUUGCUGGUGACAGAAAAGCAGCACUUACCUUUAGGACAGGGGAGAAGACAUCAGCUUUCUACACAACCUGCUUAUUGCUACCCGAGGCUCUUGGGCUCUCCAAGCCACAUUAAAUAUCACAUAUCCAUUCCUUCCUAGCAGCCAGUACCUGAGUCAAGAUGACCAAAUGUGAGUUUGAACUCUUCAGUUCCUCUCUGAGCUCUUCCCACCCACUCUGCCCACCUCUUCUGAUGGGGGUGCUGAGUCCCAUAAUGAGACAUCAGAAACAGUUUUUUGCAGACUGCUCCUGUGGAUUUGGUGCAAGCUCAGCCCUGCUGCAGUCUCCAGUCCCUCCUGUGAAGCUGCAGGUCAGAGGUCUCUGAGUGUCCUCCCCCUGUUGUUUCGCCACCUAGAGCUGGGUAGGAAAAGGUUAGGGAAGGGGGCUGGCAUCUCUGUUGCUGUCCUGGUGGAAGCCAGCCAGCUUGGUGGUGCUAUGUGAGGCAAGGUGCCCAUCGGGCUAGGCUGGGGGACCUCCACCCACACUUUGUGAACGCCCCAUUUGUCCAAAACUGGCUAAGGCAAAAUAAAUAAAUUCACUGUGUUUUAAAUGAAGCCACCUUAGAACAUACUGUAUGUGGAAGCUUAUGUUUUGUUAACGUCGUGACUGGUAUGGCAUGUCUUAUUUUUCAAAAACUGUGUGUGCUAGGUGCAAAGAACAUUAUGAAGUGGUAUUUAAUUAAAAAUAUAUCCAUAUGA